ACUGUACCGUCUAAAUGGCGAGAACGCCACAGAUCCUGCUGUGUUUAGCUCGGCUGUUAAGGGGCUUUUCUCUAAUUUGUCGGCUAAAGUGGGUGACAGUACUACUAUGUAUGCCUCUGGUUUCACUUCUGACUACUCUCAGAUUACCAAGAUUUAUGGUCUCAUUCAGUGUAGGAGAUAUUUCUGGUGAAGAUUGCAAAACAUGUUUGGGCAGGGGAAUUGGUGAUCUGUUGAACGCGACUCAAGGAGGAUAUCGUCUUGGAGGUGUGGGUUGGUUUGGAAAUUGCCUGGUUAUCUAUCAAACUUACCCUUUUUUUGCAGCUUCUACAUCACCACCCCCAUCAUCAACAAUUUUACCUUCAUCAAAAGAGUCUUCAAACAAAAUACCCAUAAUUCUGGGUUCUCUUGGCGGCUUCAUAGUCCUCGUGUUAUUGGUAGGAUUGCUGCUGUUUACUGUGCGAAGAAAAUUGAAGACUGCAAAUGCACUACAUGGGAAGGAUGGUCCUCAAGGCGGAGAAGACUGGCCAUUUAGUGCGCACCAUCCAAUAAUAUUUAAUUUGGAAACAUUGACAGCUGCAACUAAAGAUUUCCACGAGGAUAACAAGCUUGGAGAGGGUGGAUUUGGCGCUGUGUACAAGGGCACUAUGCCAGAUGGAAGAGAGAUAGCAGUGAAGAAGUUGUCCCUACAAUCUCCGCAAGGGAAGAAAGAAUUUGAAAAUGAGGUCAAACUGUUGGCCAGGGUUCAACAUCAAAAUCUUGUGAAUCUUCUUGGAUGUUGCACACAAGGAUCAGAAAGUUUGCUUGUUUAUGAAUACUUAGUCAACAAGAGCCUUGACAAGAUACUAUUCGAUCCACAACGGAGUAGAGAGCUGGAUUGGCAGAAGCGUUUCAACAUCAUAGUUGGAGUAGCUCGUGGGCUUUUGUUCUUACACGAUGAUUCACGUCUACGAAUCAUUCAUCGAGACAUCAAAGCAAGUAAUAUUUUGUUGGACGAAGAAAUGAAUCCCAAAAUAGCAGAUUUUGGGAUAGCACGAUUGUUUCCAGAAGAUGAGACUCAUGUUAGCACGCGAGUUGCUGGAACAUAUGGUUAUUUGGCACCAGAGUAUGCCAUGCAUGGCCAAUUAUCUGAUAAAGCUGAUGUGUAUAGCUUUGGUAUUGUACUUUUGGAAAUUGUAAGUGGAAGAAAGAAUACAGAUUCUCAAAUUUCUAAUGGAGUCCAGGGCCUUCUAGAAUUGGCAUGGGAAUGUUAUAGCAAAGGAAAUAGUGUGGAUGUAAUUGAUAAAGGUAUAGUUGAGGAUUGUCCCACAGAGGAAUGCUUCAAAUGCAUUCAUGUUGGUCUGCUUUGUAUACAAGAAGAGGCAUCACUUCGCCCACCAAUGUUUACUAUCUACUCAAUGCUUUCAAAAUUUUCUUUCACCAACUUACCAAAUCCUACAAAGCCAUCAUUUGUAAGCGUUAAGCAUAAUGGGGAAACAUGCAUCUAGAUGUUAGAGACACUUCUCCAUUGUUCUCAUCUUCUCCAUCUCUCAGUUAUGGUUCCAUGAUAAUUACAUUGAUCUUUUGGGCCCUAUAAUAAUGGUCAAUGGAGACCAUGAAUGACUAUAGCACUCUA